AGGAAAAAAAUGCGAUAUUCGUGACCCAAGUAGUCUGGGACACCGUAUCGUGGUCCUUAUCUUUAUGUGUUUCUUGGGGUUUGGUAGUUACUUUUGUUACGACAAUCCUGCCGCUCUUCAAACUCAAGUCAUACAGGAUAUGCGGUUAACUACCUCCAAAUUCAUGCAGCUGUAUGCAUGGUACUCUUGGCCCAAUGUUGUGCUGUGUUUCCUGGGAGGAUUUCUCAUAGACAGAGUGUUUGGCAUUAGGCUUGGGACAAUCAUCUUUUCCCUCUUCGUGUGUGGUGGACAGGUAAUAUUCGCCGCUGGGGCUCUGGUGAAUCAUUUCUGGUUGAUGGAGUUAGGGCGCUUCGUGUUUGGGAUCGGAGGAGAGUCUCUCGCUGUGGCCCAGAACACGUAUGCAGUGAACUGGUUUAAAGGAAAAGAGCUGAACCUGGUGUUUGGUUUGCAGCUUAGCAUGGCUAGACUGGGUAGCACAGUGAAUAUGAAUGUCAUGAGCCAUGUGUAUAGUAGGAUCAAGGAUCUGAUUGGCUCCACAGGACCCUCAACGCUGGGAGUCUCACUCAUGAUUGCUGCCUCCACCUGCGUGUUCUCGCUGAUAUGUGCCCUGGUCUUGGGUUACCUGGAUAGAAGAGCUGAGCGCAUACUCAACAAGGAACAAGGAAAGACUGGGGAAGUGAUCAAACUCACAGAUGUCAAAGACUUCCCCCUUCAGCUAUGGCUCAUCUUCAUCAUUUGUGUGGGAUACUAUGUCGCCAUCUUCCCUUUCAUCGGCCUUGGCCAAGUUUUCUUUAUAGAAAAAUUUGACUUCAGUCCCGCCCAGGCAAGCGCAGUUAAUAGUAUUGUCUACAUCAUCUCCGCUCCUGCGUCUCCUCUGUUUGGUCUGAUGGUGGAUAAGACAGGCAAGAAUAUUAUGUGGGUGCUGUGUGCUGUCGUAACGACGCUAAUUUCCCACAUGAUGCUUGCCUUCACCUUCUGGAACCCCUGGAUUGCUAUGUCUCUGAUGGGUCUGUCUUACUCUCUGUUGGCCUGUGCUCUCUGGCCAAUGGUGGCUUUUGUUGUGCCUGAGCAUCAACUUGGCACUGCAUAUGGAUUCAUGCAGUCCAUCCAGAACCUGGGCUUAGCUCUUAUCGCCAUGGCAGCUGGAGCUAUUCUGGACAACAAAGGUUACCUCUUCCUGGAAGUCUUCUUCUGUGCCUGCAUUUGCCUUGCGUUGCUGGCUGUAAUAUUGCUCUACCUUGUGGAUUAUUUCAGAGGGGGAGAACUGAACCUAUCUGCUUCAGUAAGGGCCAGACUCCUGAAGAGCUCUUCCUCUGAUUCGGAGUAAGGGCUUCUCACCUCAGAAGCUUGUCCCACCUCCAGAAGAACAUCAGUUGUCAGUCAUGCACCAAUGGGCUAUCACUGCACCGCUGACUCCUCCCACUUACCACCCCUUUUUUUCAACACUAUCCUUCUCACAUGUGUACUUUUCUGAACUGCUCUUUUAUCAAGCUUCUCAGUGUGAGAACAUUAUUAUCAUGUGGUAAUAAUGUUCCAACUCUCCUCAAAACAAAAACCACCCCUCAUCUCAAACGUGAUGUAUAUUUAGUCAGAAUUAGAAUAUCACCUAAUGUUCUUAAGUGAUAAUUGACACGAAGGUGAGUGUUUGAGGGAAAGGAGAGGAGAGAGUCUGUAAAUGGUUUUGGGACGUUGCCAGUGAUUUCACUUCACAAGUACCACUCGCAGAAUUGUUUGAGGAUGGGCCAAGUUUUUGUUACAUAUGGAAGAUUUUUUUUUCAUCAGGGAUAUUUGUAACGGUCUUUGUGGACCUGGGAGGGUCUCAUCUUUCGUGAAGGAUAUUUACU